UCUUUGCGUAAAUCGGAAACUAUGUUGGCACCACGAUUUAAGAAUAACUAAAAUCGAGCAUCGUAUAACGAAGCAUUGUAAACAUUAAAUGGUACAAGUUUUAGUCUUUCGUCAAAGAAGGGGAAAUUGUACUUCACAUUGUGAUAAUUAUGGCUGACGAUUUACAAGGAAAUCUUCAAAAUUAUAAGCUACAAUUACAACAGGUUGAAGCAGCCCUCACAACAGAUCCUGCAAAUGAAGAACUUCUGAAAUUGAAAGUUGAUCUUGAAGAAGUUAUAGACUUGACCCGAGAUCUAAUAAAGACACAGCUCCUUGAAUUAAAAGCAGCAGAAGGUACUGCUGGUAGUUCGAAUGUUGAAGAUGAUGUUACAGCCAGGCUUCUGGCUGCUGAACAGCCACAACUAGAAGAGCUUUGUACUAAGAGAGACUGGAAAAUUGGGGACAAAUGCCUCGCUAUAUGGAGUGAUGAUGGACAGUACUAUGAGGCAACAAUUGAGGACAUAACAGAAGAUGGCGAAGAAGUAUCUGUGGUAUUUGAUAACUACAAGAAUUCCGAUGUAACAACACUGGCACAGCUAAGGGAACUUAAAAGUGGUGUCAAGAGGUCAGCAGACGAUGUUACUGACACUAAGUCCAAGAAACAAGUAAUAUCAAAACAGCGUGAAUACCAGAAAAAGAAAAAACAAAAGAAACUCCAAAGGUAUAAGCAAAUGGAAGAAGAAAGAGAAGGAGAGAAGAACAAAUGGCUUGCAUUCAAUUCCAAGGCUGCAAAGAAAGGAAUGACAAAGAAAAGUAUAUUUGCAUCACCAGAUAAUGUAAAUGGACGAGUUGGUAUUGGCACAUGUGGUAUGAGUGGGAAGCCCAUGACAGAGUUUACAACAGCUGAAAAGUGGAGAAAAGGGGUAUGAUCCCUAGAAACAUUUUGUGCAGUGAAAAUAAGUGGAUAUUCAUCAGAGACCUGUUAUGUUGCUGCCUUAUGAAAAUUCCAGUGUUUACAUUAUAAAGAUUUGUGAUUUAGAAUGUAAAUAACAAAUUUGAUGUAAUGUAAUUGUGUGCCACUGUGAAUUAGACCAUGUGAAUUAGAGUAGUUUAUAUUAAUAAAACUUAUUGCUUGAUUUAAUAACAAUUUCCAAAUAGCAUAAAGAAAGUAUAGAAUAUAAAUUUCAUUUGGUUAAUAAUUGAAGUAUUCUGGUAUUUACCACUCAGUUGUCAUGCUUAUAUAAUGCAGUCAUAUCACUGCAAAUGUGUUUUGUUACAUUUUAUGUUUUAAGAAUGAUGUAUAUGUUGCUUUUCUUAAAUUUCGCUAACUUUAAUCCAUAAUUUUAUGAAAAGCAAUAAUCCUUGUAUUUGGUGAUGUCAACUGAAUAUUUCUUUCUGUCAUUUUAAUUCUUUGUAUAAUAUUUUAGUGAAUCUCUAAACCGAAAAUACAUUUUAAUAUUGUGCUGAAAUUAAAUUUUCAAAAUACAAGUUUACAUAAUGAUUUUCAAGUCAUAUGUAGAUCCACUUUGCUCAGUAGCUUCUGUAAGCUGCUUUGAAUUGUUUAAAUAUAAAUGAUAAAUGUAAAUAAAUUAUGGGACAGGAAUUAAUUAUAGAUCAUUGUGGUACAUGAAGAUGAAGUUAAGGAAGCUUUCCUUGCAUACCAUGACACUGGUGAGCAAUCCAGACAGUUGAAAAUUACUGUCUCCUUCAUACUCACUGCUGCGAGAACCAGAAGUGUUGGCAGUUGACUGCCAAUAUGUAUUGUUGUCUAGGCACCCUAACACUAUACUGAUUACAAUAAAGGUUUUAAGAUAUGUGGACUCUAUAUCCUCUAAUUGAAAACAAACUUAUUUCAGUCAAGAACAAAUUUUUAAAUUUAAGAUGAAAGUACAAUUGUUUUGGUGCAUUGGUUUUGUUCCAAGUUAUGUAAUUUCAUGAUGAUUCAUGAGAAACACAAGUUUACAAUUAAUGGACAAAAUAUUUAUAUUGCAUUAUGUGUAGAAGUGAACAUCAAGAAAAAAUAAUCUUACUCUUUAUACUUAAAAAUUGAAUGUUACUGAAUCACUUUGUGAGAAAUUUUAGCUGAAAAAUCUUUAUUGCUUUGAUACAAGGUCAUACUGUAAGCAUUCUAGAUCUCAGAAGGCUUUCAGUGACCAUAGGAUUUUUUAGAUACAUUACAGCUGUAAGAUGUAACCUAAGCAUUCUGCAUCUUUGAUAGCUUUCUGACUUAUGUUAAGACUUUUAGCAUGAACAUAAGCUACACAUUACAGCUUCCAAGCAUGGAAUAAAAAAAGUGAGCCAUUUUA